CUGGGCUCUGCCCUUUCCGGUGAGGCGAGGGUGCCUUCUUGAAGUAUGUUGUCUCCUGCCCCAGAGGAGCCGCUGCUGCUGGCCGAACUCAAGCCCGGGCGCCCCCACCAAUUUGAUUGGAAGUCUAGCUGUGAAACGUGGAGCGUUGCCUUCUCCCCGGAUGGGUCCUGGUUCGCCUGGUCUCAAGGACACUGCAUUGUGAAGCUGAUCCCCUGGCCGCUGGAGGAGCAGUUCAUCCCUAAAGGGUUCGAAGCCAAAAGCCGAAGCAGCAAAAAUGAGACAAAAGGGCGAGGCAGCCCAAAGGAGAAGACACUGGACUGUGGGCAGAUUGUCUGGGGCUUGGCCUUCAGCCCAUGGCCUUCUCCACCCAGCAAGAAACUCUGGGCUCGCCACCAUCCGCAGGUGCCAGAUGUCUCUUGCCUGAUCCUUGCUACUGGACUCAACGAUGGGCAGAUCAAGAUUUGGGAGGUCCAGACAGGGCUCCUGCUUUUGAAUCUUUCCGGCCACCAGGAUGUCGUGAGAGAUCUGAGCUUCACACCCAGUGGCAGUUUGAUAUUGGUUUCUGCAUCUCGGGAUAAGACUCUUCGCAUCUGGGACCUGAAUAAACAUGGUAAACAGAUUCAGGUGUUAUCGGGCCACCUGCAGUGGGUUUACUGCUGCUCCAUCUCACCAGACUGCAGCAUGCUCUGUUCCGCGGCCGGAGAGAAAUCGGUCUUUCUGUGGAGCAUGCGUUCCUACACGUUGAUCCGGAAGCUGGAGGGCCACCAGAGCAGCGUGGUGUCCUGUGACUUCUCCCCUGACUCUGCCUUGCUCGUCACGGCUUCUUACGACACCAGUGUGAUCAUGUGGGACCCCUACACCGGCGAGCGGCUGCGCUCACUCCACCACACCCAGCUCAACCCCCCCAUGGAUGACAGCGACGUCCACAUCAGCUCCCUGAGAUCUGUGUGCUUCUCCCCCGAAGGCUUGUACCUCGCCACUGUGGCAGAUGACAGGCUCCUCAGGAUCUGGGCCCUGGAACUGAAGACUCCAAUUGCAUUUGCUCCUAUGACCAAUGGUCUUUGCUGCACAUUUUUUCCACAUGGUGGAGUUAUUGCCACAGGGACAAGGGAUGGCCACGUCCAGUUCUGGACGGCUCCUCGGGUCCUGUCAUCACUGAAGCACUUAUGCCGGAAAGCCCUUCGAAGUUUCCUCACGACAUACCAAGUGCUAGCACUGCCAAUCCCCAAGAAGAUGAAAGAGUUCCUCACGUACAGGACUUUCUAAGCCAGUCUCCGUAGUCUGUCUUGUGUUCUUCGUAGCAGGAUAAAUCUUCCCGACAAAGGAGUAGGUGGAUAAUGGGCCAAACAUCUGGCCUUGGGUUGAAAUACAAUUUCUCUUUGGGAAGCUGUGAACAGAAUGUAGCAAAGCCAGAUUCCAGCGGACCCGCCCGGGUCUCUUCCCCAGGACACACGAGUGUCAGUCACAGAAGAGGGACAGUGAUGGAGCCUGACCUUUACCUACUCACGCACAGCAGUGCUGGGCCCUCUGGUCAUUUUGAUUCCAAGUGCAGUUAAGGAGUUGUUUUACUGAGAGGAGUGCCUGGGCCUCACACCUCUGUGGCAGCAGGGAAGUUCCCACUCCCUUGACUGGAGUGUGGCUUCUGCUGAGUGUCUGUCACUGAUCCAGAUGCAGAAGGGGCCUUGGUGAAGUUCUGUCCUGCCGGUCAGAGCGGCUCUGGUGUGAGCAAGGGCUUUCCUUCCCCCCGCUCCCCUGUGGCCCGCAGGACAGGUGUCAGAGAGAUGUCUGGUGGGGGGCAUUACUCAGCUCAAGUCCAGGCGACAAGAGGCCGUGCUCCUGAGACACUAGACUUGGCUUUUUUUUAAAUAAUGGUGUGCAUGUGCCGGAGGCGACAAAUUUGUGUGUCAGGUUACACAGAACGUAUUCCUCAAAUGCAUGACUGUUCCAGUGGCUACUGAGUUAUCUGUCAGUUUUUGCCAGUUAGCAUAUUUAUUUGUAUUUCCUCAACAGAUGUUAAGGUACAGCUGUGUGUUUUUCAAUGGUAUCUAAAAACCAUAGUACUCAAUUCCAACAGUUGUGAAGAUGUCUCUUCUUAAUUGUGUGAAGAAUUGGUGGUGUCAUCAUUUCAGCUGAUUUUCUUCUGUACGAGAUCUGACUUGACUGCUUCAACUCAUUGGACUCAUCAGCCAGUCUCAACUCUGCCCCUAAACACAACUAGCUCCUUAAAAGUAUUGUUCUCCUUCAGUGGUGUAGAGUUAUCUAAUCAAGACACCUCAUUCAAACAAAAUCUGCCUUUGGAAAAAUUUAAUAUAUUUUAAAUUAUUUUAAAAGAAAUGCAACAUCUUACCCUUUGGCUUUCUUACUAGGCGCUUUGUGGAGGCCUGUGUAUUAUGAAAGAACGUGCUGGAAAGGCAGAGGAGCCUCUGCUCUGCUGCCUUUGUUGCUGCAAGAAAAACAUUUGUUUUCAAGAUGAGAGGCUUUCAUUGAAGGAAAAAAGGUAUAAAGCUUUUGGCUCGCUGUUUCAUUUUUUCCAUUAAGAAAAAAAAAAAUCACCUUUUAAAACAAAUGAGUACAAAGCAGCUGGGAAUAGAUUGGGCAACAUUUAGAUCUCAUGUUCAUCUUGAAAUAUUACAUACAGUGUAGUCUGAGAGGCCCUGGGCAGCUUCUUGAGACAAUCUUCCACCCCCACCCCUAGGCCAUUAGCUUCAGACAAGGCCCACCUGAGUGAUGGGUGUAACUUCUCCCUUUUGACAGUAUAAGAAUUAGACACCUUUAUAAAGAACAGCCUCCAAAGAAAGUUAAUUCUGUGAUAAUCAGGGACGGAGGCGGCUUUUUCAUAUAAAUGCAAGUCGAACAAGGCAGCCUCUGUAUAGCUGGCUAAGGAAAGAGGAGUCACUGAAACAGUAAGUAAGCUGCUUUAUUUUUACUGUGCAGAACCCUGUCACAGAUGUAGCACAAAUGCUUGCAGAUAAACUGUCUUCUAUUUAAAUACGAAGAGUUCCAGUCCUUUCAGCACUUGCGGGCUUAGUCAGGCUUCAUCUCAUGUGCCCUGGGUUAAACAAGUCAGUGUUGGAUGAUCUCUGGCCCCAGUGGCAUCAUUUCAAACGAAUGUUUUCUCUCAUGUCCACACUACAGUUAGGCAGGCAAGCAAUUAUUCUACUUCAAGAGCAGAAAUAAAAAGGCCAGGUUUUAAAGGAAGAAAAUUGAGUUCAUUUUAUAAAAGCAUAAUGGCUUGGGCCAGAAACCCAUUAACAUCUAUUUAUAGUAUAUCACAGAUUAGAUUUACGAACGUGACUUUGGUGAUAUUCUUUUUACCUUGUGUUGGAAGAUACUUGGGCCGUAUUAGAUUUGAAAGCCUGAUGUUCCAAAUGGGGUAGGCCAAUUUCCUACCAUCCAAGCAACUGAAGGGUUAAAGCCUUAAGGCUGAAAAUGGGUCUUGCUUCGUUCCCUUGCAAGACACAUUCGCAAAGUGCAGCAAGAGAGCUGGACAUUAAAACCGCUUUGUACAGCCCUGUUCCAAACAGCCACAAACACAGUGCCUUUUAAAUGUCUGCCCAUCCAUGCCUGGAACAGUUUGAUGCAGUUGGGGGUGACUGUAAACACCCAGCCCAGGCAGCAGUUCAUCUGUGACCGAGUGCCAUGCCCUCCUGUCGCUGCCGGGCCCAAGGGUUAGUCGGCAGCGUGUGGUCCCGGUAUCUAGGCCUCGGUGACAAUCAGGUCUCUGGUGACUUGAAAAGCGGCAAUGAGGGAACUCAGCUGAAUCUUCUCACUGGUGCCAACAGAAAGCCUGUACCUAAAAGAAAGCAAACGGAAGUAGGGAGAGAAUAGCACGACAGCUGCCUUUUGACCAGAAAACAAUAGCAAUCAGACCUAAAGUCGGCUGCAGGACAGGAAGGAGGGCAUGGAAAUUCAUCACAGGCAGCAAUCUUUUGUGUUCCCUGACAUUUUCUUUGCUGCCACAAAUACGCAUUCAUAAAUCUGAUUCAGACUACAGAGGAAAAAUUUUUUUAAAAAUUGUUAACAGUAGCAGUGAUCUGAACUUAACUUUGUUCAAGCUGUAUGUGAAUAUGCAAAAUGCAUGUGACUGGGGAUUAUUUCUUCACCUACAAAAUGCAUUGAGAGGGAUUUUAAUUAAGUUUCCUUUCUCCUAAUUCACUGGGAAGUUUGGUUUGCCAUAUCUGUGGUUCUGUGGUCUAGUCAAUAAAGCAAGACUGGUAUUUAUCUUGCAACCUUU